AUGGAUUAUAUCGUUUUUUCGGCCCUUGUCGGAUUCACAGUGACUGUGCUAAAUAUCUCAUACGAUAUAGCCUGUCAAUGGUCAAAAAACCUAUGGAACAGAAUGGAACACAUGCCGGCUAGGCUUCAUAUACCACGUGACGAUGUGCUGGUUCGAUAUUUCGUACCGAAGUUUCAUAUCGCAGCCCAUAUCGCAGCCUGUCAGCUCACAUUUUCCUGGAACUUUACCAAGUGGGUAGGUAGGACUGACAGUGAAGCACCAGAACGAGGUUGGGCAAGUGCCAACCGUGUCGCAUCUAGCACGAAGGAAAUGGGGCCAGGAACUCGACGUGACACCUUAGACGAUCACUUCGGUGAUUGGAAUUGGAAAAAGACAACGACACUUGACUCUCAAGGCCGUACAUUGAAGCGCAAGAUGGAAAACGCCAUAAAGUGGGAACGGGAACAUCGUGUUGCCUUGUACAAUUUGGAAGGAACAAUUCAGCCUGCGCUUCUGGACGAGUGGGGAACAGAAGUUGAGAUGUGGGAGGAGGACAACACUCGCCCAAAUCCGUUCGAAAGCAAGCUUGCUCCUAUUACGCAGGCCGCAGUAAGGUCACAGCUUGCAGAAUUGGAAGCACAAGAGCUGCGGGAAGGGAUCAACCACUCUCUCGACGACAAUGUCUCACCUAGCGUCCUCAUUAGUGGUGGGAUUGAAUUAGAAGACUUGCAACAACGGCUCAAACGCGACAUUUCAGACCUCUCGCUUCAUCCCACAGAAAAUCAAAGAGAGGCCAUCAUUCAUAGAACUAAUGCACUACAGAGACGCAUCGAUUCCUGGACCCACUAUCAACAACUCUAUAUGCCUAUUGCACAAGCUCACGAUGCCCUCAACGAGCUCCGCUCCCACCUUCGUCUACGUUCGCACAUUUACAAAUUCAAAGACAAGAACUUAUGGGGCCAAGCAGCUUCUACCCGUGCACAAAAUCUGAUUGCACGCGUUGAAGCAAAGAAAGAUGCGGCAGUAGCGAGAUACAGUCGGUUGGAUGAGAUGGGCUGGGAGGCAACACUUCGACCCCUCAGACACGAGGACAUUCGGCCUAUGGGCGAUUUCACAGGUGAUCGCACUCAAGGCACCGGGACAAUCUCGUGGAUCUGGCUGACGACAGAUGUCGACACCAGUCCAUCCGAGAAUGAAAGUGUUCAAGAUUGUGUUCGUAUAGAAUGGUGCAAGGCACGCGCACGCGCAGCUCGAUGGUCCGAGGAAGUAGAGUUGCUGGCUGAAGAAAUGAGACGAGUACUGGCCUUUCUGGAAUGGCAAGGUUCCUGGUGGCAUCAGUGCACAAUGCUGCGCUCAUCGGAGAAGACUACCGAGCAAGAGGGCUUGCAGGCAUAUGCCUACCGUCAAGCUGCACUCCGUUCUGCAAUGCGGACCUCAUUCCAAGCUCGUUGGAGCUUUGUUUCUCAUCUCAGUUCUAUGAGUUCUACGCCGGCUUCUGAGGAUGACAGCGGUCCUUCAAUUGACGCACCUCCUGCGGUCAUGGAGUUUUGA